AUGGCUGCCCAGCCGGUACUUGUUGGCGCGGUGGAUGUGGAAAAUCGCGAAGAGGAGGACGAUUUCCUGCUCCCAAAGCAGGUGAGCGAAGCUGUGCCAAAGCCAAAAGCGCUAGACAUGGACGAGGAUGGCUCCGGCGAGGAGUGCAGUUCAUGCUCUUGUUGUAUGCGCUUCCGCGUGAUCUCGUGUGGCCUGUUUAGCAUGGCCGUCGGUUUCAUGCUCGCGGUUUUCUUGAGGCCGCAGGUUGGAGGAGUUGCAUUCAGUCCAGUGACGCUCGCCUGCCCUGUGCGGGAGCCAAGCUCGCCAGUGCACCCACCAGCGGCCGGCGUCGUGGAGCUCGUGGGCUUCAGCAAGGCAUGGUUGGCAGGAGCCAAGGGCUUUGAGGCCCCGAUCUUGGUCACUGGUGGCGCUGGCUACAUCGGAAGCCACAUGAGCUUAAUGCUACUGGAGAGAGGCUUUGAUGUAGUGAUACUUGACAACCUCUCGCGGGGAAACAUGCUAACGGUUCGUAUCCUGCAGGCUGAGGCCUGCAAGCUGGAACGCUCGCUAGCCUUCGCUAAUCUUGACCUGGGGGCCUAUGAGCAGGUGGAAAAGCUUCUGCAACGUGUGAAACCCAAGGCGGUCUUGCACUUUGCGGGCAACGCCUACGCCUCCGAGUCCAUGGAAAAGCCGCUCUUGUAUUACCAGAACGUCACGGAGAACACGCUGAACUUGCUCCGGGCCAUGGCAUCCGCCAAAGUCAGGAAGCUCAUCUACUCAUCCUCCUGCGCUACCUACGGCAAUCCCAGGAAAGAGCAGGUGCCCGUCACCGAGACACUAGAGCAAAAGCCCAUCAGCAUUUAUGGGCAAAGCAAGCUCAUGGCGGAAAAGAUGAUUGCGGCUUGGGUCGGCCGUGGUGCAGUAGGGACUGCGCGCUGCGCAACCAUCUUCCGCUACUUCAACGUCUAUGGCGCCGACCUGCAGUCAAGACUUGGACCUGUACUGCGAGGCGAUGACCUGAUGCAGUACAGCCGGCUGCCCGAUGCUCUGAUGGAAGCAGCGCUUGGCUUGAGAAGCUCCGUCCCCAUCUUCGGGGCAGAUCUCGGAACUCGCGACGGGACCGCCGAGCGGGACUACAUCCAUGUCUGGGAUUUGGUGGGUGCUCACAUGGAUGCCUUAGCAGCGAUGUUGGCAAAAAGUGUUCAAGGAAAGCAGUGUGUGUCAGAUGUCUACAACCUUGGAACUGGGACCCCAGUCUCGGUGCAGCAAAUGCUCACUGCAGUAAAAGCCCUCUUUCCGGAAGCAAACUUCACGGUCGACAUGAAGCCGCCUCGUUUGGGCGAUCCGGUUUCCAUCUAUGCGAACCCCAGCAAAGCACUGGUAGAGCUCGGAUGGCAAGCCAGCAUCAAGAAUACCACCAAAGCAUUGGAAACCUCUGCACUCUACUUGAGGAAACAUGAGGCCUACUUCCGUCUUGACAAGAAGAGGGCGCCAUGGGCGCCAAGAAAAACCCCUGGUGGAGCAACCUCGGCGAACGCAGCCGCUCUGCCGAAUGCACCCAACGCACCUGCGGCACCUGCCCAGCCGGUGACUCCUUUUCUGCCUCCUACUUGGACUCGUGCACCCAGCGCUCCAGGUGAGUUGUACAGAUCGCGCUACCGAGAUCCGGGCAAUCCCUAUCAAGCCGGCGAUGUGCCAAAUGCAACACUUACCUCCGCCCCCUGGGUGGUCCAUCGCUUCUCCGAUCCCUCGGCGUCACCCCGCAUGUGCGUGCAGGUGAUCACGAUCCCGACGGUGACGGGAGGCUAUUUGCCAAAGACCUUCCACCUAUUGCGCGAGUACUGCCGAAGGCACAGCUACGACCUUUACGCUUUGACCGACAAGCUGGGUGAGACGAGGGCAGCAUCCUGGCUCAAGAUCAGAAGCGCACAGGCCAUCAUCCGCAGCAACACGGGAUGCGACUAUCUGUUCUGGAUAGAUGGUGAUGCUGUCAUCAUGAAUAUGACUUUCAAGCUGGAGACGGUCAUCGGUUACAACGGCAACAAGGACACGGAUGUCGUCGUGUCUGGUGACACAGUAGCUGUCAAUGCUGCUAUGGGGCUUUGGAAGAUGACGGCAUGGAGUUGGCAGUUUCUGGAGGACAUGUGGAAUGUUGGUGACGUUAAGCUGUGGGAAACUGGGGCCAUCAACGUUCUCAUAGCCAAUUGCACGCCAACGGAUCCGAUAGCCAAAAAGAAUGCUUGUUACUCCCAUAGCGAUAGAGGCUGGGUAAACAAGACUUUUGCGAUAUAUCUUAAACUCGCCGAGCCUUGGGCCAUUGACUAUUUGCUGGUCAACAAGUCCCUGGUAGACCAUCUGGUCUGGGUGCCCAAGCGCCUUAUCAACAGCUACCCCAAGGGCCUCUUCGGGGGCCAGCUUGAGAAGACGACAGGCACAGAUUUUCUCGCACACUUCGUGAGCGGUGCGGGGAAAGGAAUGAUGGAUGACUGGUGGCGGACAUCCAUGACGAAGAACAACAUCACCGAGUUGCCUGUUGAUCUGUUUGGGCCGACCACUACCGCAAGACCAGCAAGGUAG